UGCAUCAAAGAUGGCUUAUUAUCGACCAACAUUUUGUUCAUUUAGGAAGCACGUUGGGAAAGAAUAAGAUAUAUCUUGCCCGAAGAGAAGCCGGUGCUACUUGUCGCGAGCGGUGUUCUCACUCUCGUCGCACGACGCACCGCUCUCUCUCUCUCUCUCCUCGCGCUAACUUAGCUAGUUAGCUCUCACAGUAUAAAUAUUAGCUCGUCUAGCUAGCGUGCUUACUGGUGAUUUGCUAAAAUGGCCACCAUGGAGAAAUUAAUGAAGGCCUUCGAGAGUCUGAAGUCAUUCCAGCAGCAGCAGGGCCCGCCGACCGCCGAGGAGCUCGCCCAGAGGCAGAAAAAGGAGCAGGCGACCACGAAGAAGGACCGGGUCACGCACUGCCUGACGAUAUGUGAAAACAUCGUGGCUCAGUCUCUGAGUCCUGGGAGCAGAACGUCUCCAGAGUUUCAGAAACUGCUGGGCAUCGCCAUGGAGAUGUUCCUCCUCUGCAGCGACGACAGCGAAUCGGAUGUCCGGAUGGUAGCCGACGAGUGCCUGAACAAAAUCAUCAAAGCUUUGAUGGACUCCAACCUGCCUAGACUGCAGCUGGAGCUGUACAAAGAAAUAAAAAAGGUAUUAGAUAAACUGCCUAACAGCGCCUCGGAGUCUGAGGGCAGCGUUGUGGAGGUUUGCCGAGCUCGCUCACCUCAUCAGACCUCAGAAAUGCAGGUAUGCACACAAUGCCUGAACACGUCUUUCUACUUCAUUCACAUGGCACCCUACCUGGUCAAUCUGUUGCCGUGCGUCUCUCGAAUCACCAAGCGGCAGGAGGAGUCGGUCCAGGAGACUCUGGCGGCCGCGAUGCCCAAGAUCAUGGCCGCCUUGGGGCACUUCGCCAACGACGGCGAGAUCAAGGUGCUGCUCAAGUCGUUUGUGGCCAACCUGAAGUCCAGCUCCCCCACCAUCCGACGGACGGCAGCCAGCUCGGCCGUCAGUGUGUGCCAACACUCCAGACGCACCAGCUACUUCUACACCUGGCUCCUUAAUGUGCUGCUGGGUCUGCUGGUUCCUGUGGAUGAAGAGCACCCCACCCACCUAAUUCUGGGGGUGCUGUUAACCCUUCGCUACCUGAUGCCGCUGCUGCAGCAGCAAGUCAACACCACCAGCCUCAAGGGGAGCUUUGGAGUCAUGCGGAAGGAGGCCGACGUACAGCCGACCCCGGAACAACUGCUGCAGGUGUACGAGCUGACCCUGCACUACACGCAGCACUGGGAUCACAACGUGGUCACGGCGGCUCUGGAGCUCCUGCAGCAGAUGUUCAGGACCCCCCCGCCGGAGCUUCUGCACAUGCUCAUCACCGCCGGCAGCAUUGUUCACGGCAGCGUGUUCCGCCACGAUGCCGAGAGCCGGGCGCGCUCCAGCAGCAUCCUGCAUCCUUUUGCUAAAAUGGCCACUAUGGAGAAAUUAAUGAAGGCCUUCGAGAGUCUGAAGUCAUUCCAGCAGCAGCAGGGCCCGCCGACCGCCGAGGAGAUCGCCCAGAGGCAGAAAAAGGAGCAGGCGACCACGAAGAAGGACCGGGUCACGCACUGCCUGACGAUAUGUGAAAACAUCGUGGCUCAGUCUCUGAGAACGUCUCCAGAGUUUCAGAAACUGCUGGGCAUCGCCAUGGAGAUGUUCCUCCUCUGCAGCGACAGCGAAUCGGAUGUCCGGAUGGUAGCCGACGAGUGCCUGAACAAAAUCAUCAAAGCUUUGAUGGACUCCAACCUGCCUAGACUGCAGCUGGAGCUGUACAAAGAAAUAAAAAAGAACAGCGCCUCUCGGAGUCUGAGGGCAGCGUUGUGGAGGUUUGCCGAGCUCGCUCACCUCAUCAGACCUCAGAAAUGCAGACCCUACCUGGUCAAUCUGUUGCCGUGCGUCUCUCGAAUCACCAAGCGGCAGGAGGAGUCGGUCCAGGAGACUCUGGCGGCCGCGAUGCCCAAGAUCAUGGCCGCCUUGGGGCACUUCGCCAACGACGGCGAGAUCAAGGUGCUGCUCAAGUCGUUUGUGGCCAACCUGAAGUCCAGCUCCCCCACCAUCCGACGGACGGCAGCCAGCUCGGCCGUCAGUGUGUGCCAACACUCCAGACGCACCAGCUACUUCUACACCUGGCUCCUUAAUGUGCUGCUGGGUCUGCUGGUUCCUGUGGAUGAAGAGCACCCCACCCACCUAAUUCUGGGGGUGCUGUUAACCCUUCGCUACCUGAUGCCGCUGCUGCAGCAGCAAGUCAACACCACCAGCCUCAAGGGGAGCUUUGGAGUCAUGCGGAAGGAGGCCGACGUACAGCCGACCCCGGAACAACUGCUGCAGGUGUACGAGCUGACCCUGCACUACACGCAGCACUGGGAUCACAACGUGGUCACGGCGGCUCUGGAGCUCCUGCAGCAGAUGUUCAGGACCCCCCCGCCGGAGCUUCUGCACAUGCUCAUCACCGCCGGCAGCAUUGUUCACGGCAGCGUGUUCCGCCACGAUGCCGAGAGCCGGGCGCGCUCCAGCAGCAUCCUGGAGCUCAUCGCGGGGGGAGGGUCCUCCUGCAGUCCACUCCUUCUCAGGAAACAAAGAGGUAAAAUGCUUUCUGGGGAAGAGGAGGGGUUGGAUGACGAUGCCGAAAGAACAGAGGUCACCACCGGUGUCUUCACAGCGACAGCCGCCGGCGCCGACGCCUCCUCCGCGGCCCAGGUGGACAUCAUCACCGAGCAACCGCGCUCCUCCCAGCACGCCCUGCAGCCCGGCGACUCCGUGGACCUCAGCGCCUCCUCGGAGCAAGGCGGGGGCGGGACGUCCGCGUCGGACACUCCCGACUCGCCCAACGACAACGAGGAGGAGAUGCUGAGUCGGAGCUCCAGCGGCGGGGCCAACAUCACCCCGGAGACGGCCGACUACACCACGCCGGAGACGGAGGGCGGGCCCUUGGGAGAGGGCGCGGCGCUGCUCGGCACCAACGACCGGUCGCUUCCACCCAGCGACUCCUCCCAGACCACCACGGAGGGACCGGACUCGGCUGUCACGCCUUCAGAUGUAGCAGAGCUGUCGCACACUCCGUUGCCGGUGACUGAGCCGUCUCCUCCCUCACCGACUUCCACCGAGGGUCCCGACGCCACAGACAGCGACUCCUCUGUCUACACCGCUUCCUCCACGUCUUCUUCUUUCUCUUUCUCCUCCUCCUCUUCUUCCUUCUAUGCCACCUCUUCUUCUUCUUCCUCUAGCACUAGUGACAAGGUGCUGGAUGGCAGCGAGAGCCAGUACUCUGGGAUGCAGAUCGGGACGUUACAGGAUGAAGAAGAAGAGGGAGCAGCGGCUUCCUCCCAAGAAGAACCUACGGACCCGAUUAUGCAAUCGGCACUGGCACUGAGCAAACCUCAUCUGUUCGACGGCCGAGGUCACAACCGGCAGGGUUCCGACAGCAGCGUGGACCGCUUCAUCCCCAAGGACGAAUCGGCUGAACCUGAACCCGACAACAAGCCGUCUCGGAUAAAGGGUCCAAUCGGACAUUACACUGACCAGGGGGUGGAGCCGCUGGUGCACUGUGUCCGGCUCCUCGCGGCCUCCUUCCUACUGACGGGCCAAAAGAAUGGUCUGACCCCUGACAAGGAGGUGCGAGUGAGCGUGAAGGCUCUGGCGGUCAGCUGCGUCGGGGCAGCAGCGGCGCUGCACCCGGAGGCCUUCUUCAACUCCCUCUACCUGGAGCCGCUGGACGGCGUUCCAGUUGAAGAGCAGCAGUAUAUCAGUGACAUGCUGGGCCUCGUUGAGCACGGGGACCCCCAGAUCCGAGGGGCCACGGCCAUCCUCUGUGCGGCCAUCGUACAAGCUGCACUCACCAAAACACGCUACAACAUACACAGCUGGCUGGCCAGCGUGCAGAGUGCAACAGGUAACCCCGUGUCCCUGGUGGACUUGGUGCCGUUGCUCCAGAGGACUCUGAAGGAUGAAUCCUCCGUCACGUGCAAGAUGGCGUGCUCUGCCGUGAGGCACUGCCUCAUGACCGUGUGCAGCAGCACCCUGAGUGAGCUCGGCCUGCAGUUGAUGAUCAACCUUCUCGCUCUGAGGGACUCGUCCUAUUGGCUCGUUCGCACGGAGCUCCUGGAGACCUUGGCUGAAAUGGACUUCCGGUUAGUUAAUUUCCUCGAGAGGAAAACGGAGACUUUGCACAGAGGGGAUCAUCACUACACGGGGCGUCUGCGGCUGCAGGACCGCGUGCUGAACGACGUGGUCGUCCGUCUGUUGGGCGACGACGACCCCAGAGUCCGGCAUGUGGCCGCAUCCGCCGUCAGCAGGCUGGUUUCCAGGUUGUUCUACGACUGUGACCAGGGUCAAGCGGACCCGGUAGUGGCGAUCGCCCGCGACCAGAGUUCAGUCUACCUGCAGCUGCUGAUGCACGAGACCCAACCCCCCUCCCAGUUCACAGUUAGCACCGUCACAAGGACGUACCGAGGCUACAACUUGUCCAACAACGUGUCCGACGUCACGGUCGAGAACAAUUUGUCCAGAGUCGUCACCGCCGUCUCCCACGCCUUCACCUCCUCGUCCUCCAAAGCCCUGACUUUUGGCUGCUGCGAAGCCUUGUGUCUCCUCGCCGUACAUUACCCAGUGUGCACCUGGAGUACAGGCUGGCACUGCGGCUACGUCAGCUCCAGCAGCGGCUUUUCUUCCCGCUCCAGUCUCAGCCGCAGCAGAGGCGGAGCCCUCAGUGUGUCGCAGCCGAGCGGCGCUCCAGCCACCUCUUCAUCGGCACCGGACACCGAGCGGAGGACUCUGACCGUGGGCAUGGCCAACAUGGUCCUCUCUUUACUCUCCUCCGCCUGGUUUCCACUGGAUCUCUCUUCACACCAGGAUGCGCUGAUGCUUUCUGGCAAUCUGCUCGCCGCCGUGGCCCCGAAAUGCAUGCGCAACCCCUGGGCCGGAGAGGAGGAGGGCAGCAGUGGGACCCCGAACCCAAAUAAGAUGGAGGAGCCGUGGGCCGCUCUGUCGGAGCGCUCCCUGGUGGCCAUGGUGGAGCAGCUGUUCUCUCACCUGCUGAAGAUCCUCAACAUCUGUGCCCAUGUGCUCGACGACACGCCCCCGGGACCAGCGGUCAAGGCCACCCUCCCCUCCCUGAGCAACACCCCCUCCCUCAGUCCCAUUCGCAGAAAAGGCAAGGAGAAGGAUGCUGCCGAGCCCAGCGCCGCUCCGAUGAGCCCAAAGAAAAGCGGCGAGAUCAACGCGGGCAGGCCAGCGGACGGCACCGGGUCAACGCCCGUCAACAAAUCCACCACCUUGGGCAACUUCUAUCACCUGCCACCCUACCUCAAGCUCUACGACGUCCUCAAAGCGACGCACGCCAACUACAAGGUGACGCUGGACCUCCACAGCAGCCAGGAGAAGUUUGGAGGUUUCCUGCGUUCCACUCUGGACGUUCUGUCUCAGCUCCUGGAGCUCGCCACGCUGCACGACAUCAGCAAGUGUGUGGAGGAAAUCUUGGGCUACCUCAAGUCGUGUUUCUCCAGAGAACCAACCAUGGCUACAGUUUGUGUACAACAGCUGCUGAAGACUCUUUUCGGCACCAACCUGGCCUCCCAGUGCGACGGCGUCCUCAGCGGACCGAGCCGCUCCCAGGGCAAGGGCCUCCGCCUCGGCUCCUCCAACCUGCGACCAGGCCUCUACCAUUACUGCUUCAUGGCGCCGUACACGCACUUCACUCAGGCUCUCGCCGACGCCAGCAUGCGCAACAUGGUGCAGGCCGAAGAUGAGCAGGACACCUCCGGAUGGUUUGACGUGAUGCAAAAAGCUUCCAACCAGCUGAGGUACAACAUUUCAAAUGCAACGCGCAACAGAGGAGACAAGAACGCCAUCCACAACCACAUUCGUCUUUUCGAGCCGCUGGUGAUCAAAGCGUUGAAGCAGUACACCACCAGCACCUCUGUGGCCCUGCAGAGGCAAGUACUGGACCUGCUCGCCCAACUGGUGCAGCUCAGGGUCAACUACUGCCUGCUCGACUCGGAUCAGGUGUUCAUCGGAUUUGUCCUGAAGCAGUUUGAGUACAUUGAAGUGGGUCAGUUCAGAGACUCUGAGGCCAUCAUCCCCAACAUCUUUUUCUUCCUGGUGCUGCUGUCUUACGAGCGGUACCACUCCAAGCAGAUCAUCAGCAUCCCCAAAAUCAUCCAGCUGUGCGACGGCAUCAUGGCGAGCGGCAGGAAAGCCGUCACGCACGCCAUCCCGGCCUUGCAGCCGAUAGUCCACGAUCUGUUUGUGUUGCGGGGCUCCAACAAGGCGGACGCAGGCAAGGAGCUGGACACCCAGAAGGAGGUGGUGGUGUCCAUGCUGCUCCGCCUGGUGCAGUACCACCAGGUGUUGGAGAUGUUCAUCCUCGUGCUGCAGCAGUGUCACAAAGAGAACGAGGACAAGUGGAAGAGGCUGUCCCGACAGAUCGCCGAUGUCAUACUUCCUAUGAUCGCUAAGCAGCAGAUGCAGCUGGACUCCCCGGAGGCGCUGGGCGUGUUGAACACUCUGUUUGAGACCGUGGCGCCGUCCUCCCUCCGGCCCGUCGACAUGCUGCUCAAGACCAUGUUCACCACCCCGGUGACCAUGGCGUCGGUGGCCACGGUCCAGCUGUGGGUGUCCGGCAUCAUGGCGGUGCUCCGGGUCCUCGUCUCCCAGUCCACAGAGGACAUUGUCCUGUCGCGGGUCCACGAGCUCUCGCUCACGCCGCACCUCCUCUCCUGCCCCACCAUCCGUCGCCUGCAGCAGCAGCAGCACCUCUCCCCGUGUGACCCCCCCGCUGCCGAUGCGCUCGUCGCCCCGGAGCCGCUCGGCGAGGCCCAGAAGGCCCCGCCUGAGGAAACCUUCUCCAGGUUCCUUCUCCAGCUGGUCGGCGUGUUGCUGGAUGACAUUUCCUCCCGACAGGUCAAAGUGGACAUCACGGAGCAGCAGCACACCUUCUACUGCCAGCAGCUGGGCACGCUGCUCAUGUGUCUCAUCCAUGUCUUCAAAAGUGGAAUGUUCCGCAGGAUCACGGCGGCAGCGAGCCGUCUCCUAAAGGGUGAGGGUGGAGGCGGACAGAGCGGCACCGACGCCGCUCUGUUUUACCCCCUGGAGGGGCUGAACAGCAUGGUGCAGUGCCUCAUCACCACCCACCCCUCUCUUGUGCUGCUUUGGUGCCAGGUCCUCCUCAUCAUCGACUACACCAACUACUCCUGGUGGGCGGAGGUGCACCAGACACCCAGGGGACACAGCCUCUCGAGCACAAAGCCGCUGAGCCCUCACUCCUCGGGGGAAGGGAAGGAGGAGAAGCCCGAGAUGCGGUUGGCUAUGGUCAACCGAGAGAUCGUACGCAGGGGAGCCCUCAUCCUCUUCUGUGACUACGUGUGUCAGAACCUCCACGACUCGGAGCAUCUCACCUGGCUGAUUGUCAACCACGUGCGUGACCUCAUCAGCCUCUCCCACGAGCCGCCGGUGCAGGACUUCAUCAGCGCCGUGCACCGCAACUCCGCCGCCAGCGGCCUCUUCAUCCAGGCCAUCCAGUCCCGCUGCGACAACCUCAGCACGCCCACCAUGUUGAAGAAGACUCUGCAGUGUCUGGAAGGCAUCCACCUGAGUCAGUCCGGCUCCCUUCUCAUACUGUACGUGGACAAGCUGCUCAGCACGCCCUUCAGGGUCCUGGCUCGCAUGGUGGACACACUGGCGUGUCGGAGAGUGGAGAUGCUGCUGGCGGAGACGCUCCAGAACAGCAUCGCUCAGGUUCCCGUGGAGGAACUGGACCGGAUCCAGGAGUACCUCCAGACCAGUGGCCUCGCUCAGAGGCAUCAGAGGUUCUACUCCCUGCUGGACCGGUUCAGAGCCACGGUUGUUGGCUCCAGCAGCCCCACACCUCCUGUGACCACACACCCCUUGGAUGGGGAUCCGCCACCUGCCCCCGAGCUCGUCUCUGCAGAUAAGGAGUGGUACGUGGCGCUGGUGAAGUCUCAGUGUUGCCUUCGUGGAGACGUUUCCCUGCUGGAGACGACAGAACUCCUCACCAAACUACCGCCCACGGACCUCUUUGACAUCAUGAGCUGCCAGGAGUUCAACCUCAGCCUACUGUGUCCAUGCCUCAGUAUGGGGAUGCAGCGAUUGGCACGAGGUCAGGGGUCGCUCCUGUUGGAGACGUCUCUGCAAGUGACACUAGAGCGGCUCGCGGGGGUCACCGGGUCACUUCCUGUCCCCCACCAGUCCUUCCUGCCGCCCGCCCAGUCGGAGCCAUACUGGAGCCAACUAGCUGCUGUGUAUGACGAGCCCGGGUUCUACCCCCGGGUUCUCUCGCUCUGCAGAGCUCUGUCCCAGUACCUGCUGAAUGUGAGCCAGCUGCCCUCCUCGCUGCACAUCUCCUCUGACAAGGAGCACCUCAUCACUACCUUCACCUGCACUGCUGCCGAGGUCGUGGCAUGGCGCCUCCUCCAGAACCAGGUGCCCCUGAGUGUGGACCUGCAGUGGGCCCUGUCCUGCCUGUGUCUGGCCCUGCAGCAGCCCGGCGUCUGGAACAAGCUCUCCACCCCGGAGUACACCACGCACACCUGCUCCCUCGUCUACUGCCUGCACCUCAUCAUCGUUGCGGUGGCCGUGAGUCCUGGUGACCAGCUUCUGCAUCCAGAGAAGAAGAAUAAGAAGAAGAGAGACGCUGAAGGAGAGGAAGGAGAUGAAGUCGACUUUGCGCAUGCCGGCCACAUGUGCGAGUGGCGAGCGUGUGAGAUCAUGGCGGAGCUGGUGGAAGGCCUGCAGAGCAUCCUCGCACUGGGUCACCGUAGAAACAGUGCGUUCCCCGCUUUUCUCACGCCGACGUUGCGCAACAUUGUCAUCAGUCUGUCCCGGCUGCCUCUGGUCAACAGCUACACCCGAGUACCCCCACUGGUAUGGAAACUGGGCUGGUCCCCUCAGCCGGGAGGAGAGUACGGCACGACGCUGCCCGAGAUUCCCGUGGACUUCUUGCAGGAAAAGGAUGUCUUCAGAGAGUUCCUCUACCGCAUCAACACGCUGGGCUGGAGCAGCAGGACUCAGUUUGAGGAGACCUGGGCCACGCUGCUGGGGGUGCUGGUCACCCAACCCAUCACGAUGGACCAGGAGGAGGAGGCGCAGCAGGAGGAGGACUUGGAGCGGACGCAGCUGAAUGUGCUGGCGGUGCAGGCCAUCACCAGCCUGGUGCUCAGCGCCAUGACGCUGCCCACCGCCGGCAACCCGGCGGUCAGUUGUCUGGAACAGCAGCCGCGCAACAAGAGCCUGAAGGCGCUGGACACACGGUUUGGAAGGAAGCUUGCAGUCAUCAGGGGCGAGGUGGAGAGAGAGAUUCAGGCUCUGGUGUCCAAGAGAGACAACGUCCACACACACCACCCGUACCACGCCUGGGACCCGGUGCCCUCUCUGUCGGCGGCCUCGGCCGCGGGCACGCUGAUCAGCCACGAGAAGCUGCUGCUGCAGAUCAACAUGGAGAGGGAACUGGGCAACAUGGACUACAAGCUGGGACAGGUCUCCAUUCAUUCAGUGUGGUUGGGAAACAACAUCACCCCACUGAGAGAAGAAGAAUGGGGUGAGGAUGAGGAAGAUGACGGGGACACGCCAGCCCCCUCCUCCCCGCCCGUAUCGCCCAUCAACUCCAGGAAGCAUCGGGCCGGCGUGGACAUCCAUUCAUGUUCCCAGUUCCUCCUGGAGCUGUACAGCCAGUGGCUGAUCCCCGGCUCCCCGAGCAACAGGAAGACCCCGACCAUCCUCGUCAGCGAAGUGGUCCGAUCGCUGCUGGCGGUGUCGGACCUGUUCACGGAGAGGAACCAGUUCGACAUGAUGUUCUCCACCCUGAUGGAACUGCAGAAGCUCCACCCGCCGGAGGACGAGAUUCUCAACCAGUACCUGGUGCCCGCCAUCUGCAAGGCCGCCGCAGUGCUGGGGAUGGACAAAGUAAUAGCGGAGCCCGUGUGCCGCCUGUUGGAGACGACCCUGCGCAGCACCCACCUGCCCAGCCGCAUGGGCGCUCUGCACGGGCUGCUGUACGUGUUGGAGUGCGACCUGCUGGACGACACGGCCAAGCAGCUGUUCCCCACCAUCUCCGAGUACCUGCUGUCCAACCUCCGGGCCAUCGCUCACUGUGUGAACCUGCACAACCAGCAGCACGUGUUGGUCAUGUGCGCUGUGGCCUUCUACAUGAUGGAGAACUACCCUCUGGACGUCGGAGCCGAGUUCAUGGCCGGCAUCAUACAGUUGUGUGGCGUGAUGGUGUCGGCCAGCGAGGACUCCACCCCCUCCGUCAUCUACCACUGCGUGCUGCGCGGCCUGGAGCGCCUCCUGCUGUCGGAGGUGUUGUCGCGCGUCGACGGCGAAGCGCUGGUGAAGCUCAGCGUGGACCGAGUCAACAUGCCGUCGCCGCACCGGGCCAUGGCCGCCCUGGGCCUCAUGCUCACGUGCAUGUACACCGGCAAAGAGAAAGCCAGCCCCGCCGGCCGCCCGCCCCCCCACGCCGACCCUCAGGCGCCGGACAGCGAGUCGAUCAUCGUCGCCAUGGAGAGGGUCUCUGUGCUCUUUGACAGGAUCCGUAAAGGUUUCCCCAGCGAGGCUCGCGUGGUGUCCAGGAUUCUGCCCCAGUUCCUGGACGACUUCUUCCCCCCGCAGGACGUCAUGAACAAGGUCAUCGGGGAGUUCCUGUCCAAUCAGCAGCCCUACCCACAAUUCAUGGCGGCCGUCGUCUACAAGGUGUUCCAGACCCUCCACGCCACCGGCCAGUCCUCCAUGGUGCGGGACUGGGUGCUUCUCUCCCUGUCCAACUUCACCCAGCGGACCCCGGUGGCCAUGGCCAUGUGGAGCCUCUCCUGCUUCUUCGUCUCCGCCUCCACCUCCCAGUGGAUCUCCGCCCUCCUGCCGCACGUGAUCAGCCGAAUGGGCUCCAGCGAGGCGGUGGACGUCAGCCUGUUCUGCCUGGUCGCCAUGGACUUCUACCGGCACCAGAUCGACGAGGAGCUGGACCGCCGGGCGUUCCAGUCCGUCUUUGAGGCCGUGGCGGCGCCGGGCAGCCCGUACCACCAGCUGCUGGGCUGCCUGCAGUCCAUCCACCAGGACACGUCGCUCUGAGGGGCGAGAAAUGAGACGGCCGCGAAGGGGGAGGAGCAGCGUUUCAUCAGAGGAAUCUCCUGUAGCCCCGCCCCUUUCCCUCCUCUACACCCGUGAUGAAGUCACAGGAGCGUUACGGUUUUCGGGCGUGCGUUAAAGGUCAGGAGAGGUCACCGACAUGAAGGACGCCGCGGCGCUCUCCUCUCCUAUUAACGACGCCUCCUCCCGCCCAGCACCUUGAGCUAGAAACAUAUAGAUAUAUAUAUUAAAGAAAAACGUCAAUCAAACGCGAACAUUUGAUUUGUUUAUUUUCCCGUGAGGACUUGCUUGAGUCUUGUGACGUCAGUGAAGUAAAAUUAAAUAGAGCGAGAAAAAAACACUAGAAAAUACAAAGUAUCUACAUUUAAAGUUUCGAUGAAUCUAUUUUUCAGUGAAGACGGAUUCUUCAGGAACCGCGGCGCGUCUGAAAGGCUUCAUGUUGUCAAUAAUUAGCUUUUUUCUUCUUCUUUUGUAUAUAUAUUUAAGUCACUCUAUUCUUUCUCUGACGCGUUGAAUAUUAAAUAUUUUACGUGUAAGAACGGUCACUAAUAGCCGGUCGAGGAUGUCGUGACGUGAGACGCUCGUUUGCUCCCGCGAGUCGUUUUGAUUUCUGUCUCGGUUCAGAGUCUGGAUGUUAAGAAUUUAGACGGGUAUAUAAUGCAAAAAAAAAUCAUAUUCUUCUGCAAAAAUUAGACACUGUUUUAACUGUUUAAGGACCCGGAAAACAUUUAAUUGAGAUGGUGAGAAAUGUCGAACAAGUAAAAUACCAAAAUUGCAGCGACGUCGUCGUCUUUUCUUUUUUUUAAGAAGCAUUUCCUCAUGAUUACGGAUCAUGUUGCUUAUAUCUGUCUAGUCCUUUUUUUUUAAAAUGUCAUUCUAGCCCCCCCCCCCCCCCCCUGAAUGACUUCACCUCUCCAUUCCGUGUACUUUUUUAAAUUCUCAGGAUGUGAAAUGUGACUUUAGUUCUCAUCUUUAAAUGGAGACUCCAUCGGAGGGAGAGUGAUUUGUAAAGUUAUACAAAAAGCCACGGCGCAUGGUGAAAAUCCAAAUUGUAAAGAUCAGAUCUGAACGUGGACGGGAAGAGAGGUUUCUCACCACGUGAUCAGAAAGUCUGAAUCGGCAGAAAGCUCCGAGUGUUUCGAGUUGCCUGAGUGACUCUGUACAGACACUUGCCUUAGAUGAAGCACCUACACACACACACACACACACACACACACCGAUGUCUCCUACACUGAACGCUUGAAAGCAUGCUUAGCAUUCCUCCUAUCUCCUUGCAUCCUCUCAAAUACUGUGUUUCUGUGAGUGCAGUUGCCUGUUGUGUGGAGAAGCCAAAGGGAGCCUCGUAACCAUAGAGACCAACGACGGUGUUGACGAAUCAGCAGACGAGGAAGAGUAGAAAGAGCGAUGUUGACAGGGAGUUUUUUUAUUUUUAGAGCUUUUUAAAUAUUGUUUUGUCUCAAGAUUGGUAAAUAUUUAAUUGUCUGUGUGCAGAAUAUUAAAAACACCCGGCACUUAAAAGAUGUGGAAGUUUCUUUUCAUGUUUUUAGGAUGUUUUUCUGGACAUGCAAAGAGUCCCGACUGCAUCAAAGUAAAAAGUGAUUUGUAUGCUUCAAUAUGUUCCCCUCAGAGGAUGACUGACCCCCCCUCCCCCCUUUUUUUCUUUUCUUACAAUGUUAAAGGAAAUAAUUCCACAACCGGAUGGAGGUGACUAUUCUCUCCAUCCGGCCAUAAGAGGAGCAGAAGACUGACGGAGACCCCCUGGGGGGGUAAGGCGAUUACUCAGAAGUUAUUUUGGGGGAAAUGGGCGUGGAGGUUCAACUGAUUCAACAUCUUUAUUGUUCCUCCGCUUCAAGAACCGGCAGCUCGGAGGACGGGAGUCGUGAUUUUGGCCGAGUGAAGAAGCUGAGAAUUUAAUUCCUCCGUUUAAUUAGUUAUGUUUUUGUUUUUUCUUUCUAGAAACUACAGUUUGGGAAGCACAACCGAUUUAUUCAAAGAUACUGAAGGUGGUGAUAUGACAGAAUUAUGUGAGCCCCCUUUUUUUCUUUUGUAGUCUGGAUACCCAACAGAUACAGAAACGAGCUUCUGUAAGAAAAGAAAAAAGAUUGUAUUUAAAUUAAUGUCGAUAUUUUCAAGAGAUAAUCACUGCGUAUGAACUGUUGAGAAAAAUAAAUAAAAACAUUUAAAGAUG